AUGAAUUUUAUCUCCGUCAAUUUAAAUGGGGUGUCGGACCCUCAGAAAGGUCUGUGGAUUCGUAACCUAAAGAGAAAAGUUAGAGCGGAGUUUAUUGGGAUUCAAGAAUCUCACCAAUCGGGUCUUUCAGAGCUGGUUCUUCGACGUUUCUGGGAUUCUUCUCCGAUGUGCAUCGAUACGGUGGAUUCUGUCGGAAGAUCCGGGGGCUUGGUUUCUAUAUGGAAUCUAGACAUCUUCUUGGCGGAUCAGGUCAUUAAAAACCCUAAAUUCCUUUCUGUUUCAGGUCAGUUGCUGGGUGUGAAUGUCAAAUUUAAUGUGAUUAAUCUGCACGCUCCAAAUGACCCGAAUUGUAGAAGAUCGUUGUGGUCAGAUUUGACAUCUCUUAUAAACCAAUUUGAUGGAGCUUGGAUUCUUUUGGGUGAUUUCAACGAAGUUAGGUCUGAAGAUGAACGAGUGAACUCUAGGUUUGAUCGGGGAUCCUCAGAAGCUUUUAAUGGUUUUAUUUCGAGUGUUGGCCUUAUGGAAUACUCGAUGUGUGGAGGUAAAUUUACUUUCAUAUCUGGUCACAAAGAUGUGAAGCUUAGUAAACUUGAUAGGUUCUUAGUGAACGAUCAGUUUCUAAGCUCCUGGCCAAAUACUCUUGCCGAAGUUCAUAAGAGGGGUUUCUCAGACCAUUGUCCGAUCUCUCUGUCUUGUUUGACUUCAGAUUUUGGCCCCAUCCCGUUUAAGUUUUUUAAUUCUUGGAUUGGCGGCAAAAAAUUGUCCGAUAUUGUGGUUAAUGCUAUUAACUCGGUGUCUGAGAUGGUCGGAUUGGGGGGUGUUGGGGUAUAUAAGGAUGUGAUUCUGCUCAAUACUCUUAAAACCAUUAAGGCAAACAUAAAGUCUUGGAGGAAACAGGUUUCGUCUGAUCGUCUUAGGGAUAUUAAUUUGCUGGAAGAGUAG